UUUUGGGCAAAAAAUCCCGCCUAACUCUCUGUUUUUUUCGCAGAAUCCCGCCUAACUCUCAACCCACCUCCCACGUUUCUCUCAACCUCCUCCCACCGACAUACCUUGCUGAAACUAACCACCCUCGUCAGAUUUCCGAUGAAUUCGUAUCUCUCCUCCUCACCUUCAGCACCGGCCAUUAACGAAUUCCAUGAAUUCCGUCUUCAACCUUUACGUUAGCAAAGUCAAAUCUCCCAGUAUAAGCUAUCUCACUCCUCAUCCUAUAAAUUCAUGAAAAAGCCCAAUUAUUGAAUUCACAAUUCGCUCAACAAAUUCAAGAUAAAUUCGUUGCUCUCUCUGGUUUUUAAUUGGAGAAAUUCAAGCAUACUCUGGUUUCUUAAUUGCUGCUUCAUCCUCGGUGUUGCCGGAUAUAUUCGCCAGAUAGUUGGUAAUUUGGACGAUAGUUGGAAAGUGGUGAACGUCUGACUUCUUCUUCCGUGUUGUUACUACUGUAGGUUUCGCCGACCACACCGGUUCAAGGUUUCCUGUGAUUCUUUAGCGUUGUUCGUAGGUUCGUGCAUCAGUUCGUGCGUUGCUACACCGGUUCAAGGUUUCCUGCAAGUCUUUAGCGUUGUUCGUAGGUUCUGCAUCGGUUCGUACGUUGCAUAUGCUCUUUGAUACUAGAGAAACAUUUUGUGUUACCUGAUGGACCUCUAGUUAACAAGGCACUAGUGAUGCGUAUUGACAAACCAUGGAACAAUCAUCGAUACAAAUUGAAGAGGGAUUUUUUCGAUCCAGUGAAUAAAUCUCGAGAAGAGAACUAUGCCAACGUGCCUGAUGGAGUGUCCACUAGGAGUUGGACGGAAUUGGUAGAUUAUUGGCUUUUACCAGAGGCCAUGGAAAAAUCUGAAAUGGGAAAAAAUGCUCGAGCUUUACAAGGCAAUAAGCACAACAGUGGUGCUACAAGCUUUGCUAAUCGAAGAGUUGAUAUGAAAGAGAAGAAAGGAGUGUUUAGCGAAUUGGCAUUUUUCAAAUCAGUUUACGCCAAAGAAGAUGGAAGCUUUAAAGAGGGCACACUUCCUCAUCAAUUUGUGGAGGAUGCCAACAAAAAGGUCCAAGAAAAUCUUGCGAGUUCCUCUUCUUCAAAGCCCGUAAUUGAAAUUGAGAAUGCAGUCUUUAAUGAGCUCAUGUAUAAAGGUGAAGUACCUAAACGUCCUCUGAAUUAUGGAUUUGGAGUGAAGCAAAGCGACAUCUUUGGAGUGGAAGGUUUGCUGAGGAAAGAAGGGUCAAGCUAUGUUAACAACAAUGCUAUGGAAGUGGAGAACAUGAAAGGUGAAAUAUCAGUUGUCAAGAAGCAAAAUGAGGACCUUGCGCAACAAAAUCAAGUUCUAAACACCAAGUUUGAAGAAACAACACAAUCAUUUAAAAUGAUUGCUUCUUUUUUGGGACAAGUUUUGAAGGAAGUACGCAAAGGGAAUGUUUCAUCGAACCUUUUAGAUGGUGCGGAAUCAGCAAUAAAUAUGAUUACUGAUGAUUCUGGUGGCAAUGGUGACAACCAGGCCGAGAAAUGAGACUUUGACACUAUUGCCAAAUGCAAGAUUAUUGAUGAUUCAAGUGGUAAUAGUAAAUGUAGAUCAAGAGAUGAACAAGUUAUCUUGAAGCUAAGCUAGCAUAACGAUAUGUUUACUUGUUCGUAGUCAGGAAGUUGUUUUUAUUUAGUUUUGGACUAUCUUGUAG